AGAGAGGGAGGGAGGGAGGGUUCAGGUCUAGCAGGUGUCAUCUUCUCUCCAUCCUGUUUAGAUCAGAGCUCAGUCUGUAAUGGAGGAAACCGACAGAGGAAACCGAGCACCGGGAGGAAACCACCGGGCGGCCAAGCGGCUCCGCACCGAGCAGGAGACCGGCGUGAGGGAGCUGGAGGACGGGGGGAGGAGGAGGACCCGGCGGGGAACGGAGGAGACACAGAGAGCAGGAGACGGAGGAGUGGAGGAAAGGAUGACGUGGAGGACAGUCACCGCAUCCCUCCGUCUCCGGUGGUCCACGUCCGAGGACUGUGUGACGCCGUGGUGGAGGCCGACCUGGUGGAAGCACUCGACAAGUUCGGCAACAUCUGCUACGUGAUGAUGAUGCCGUUUAAGCACCAGGCUCUGGUAGAGUUCGACAGCGUGCAGAGCGCUGAACGUUGCGUGGCGUGUGGAACCCGGGAAGCCGUCUACAUCGCCGAACAACAGGCCUUCUUCAACUUCUCCACCAGCCAGAGGAUCACCAGGCCAACCAAUGCAGACGAUCCCAGCAGCGGAAACAAGGUCCUGCUGCUGUCUGUCCAGAACCCGCUGUACCCCAUCACCACCGAUGUGCUGUACACCGUCUGUAAUCCCAUCGGCAACGUCCUGCGCAUCGUCAUCUUCAAACGCAACGGCAUCCAGGCCAUGGUGGAGUUCGAGUCGGUGGAAGACGCUCAGAAGGCCAAACUGGCUCUGAAUGGAGCCGACAUCUACGCAGGCUGCUGCACGCUCAAGAUCGAAUACGCACGGCCCAACAGACUGAACGUCAUCCGCAACGACAACACCAGCCGGGAUUACAGCAAACCCUUCCUCCUGCACCGAGAGCGGGGGAAGGGACGGCAACGUCAGGCCAUCCUGGGAGAACAUCCGUCCAACGGCUACGGCCCACACUGCCCCCUGCUGCCUCUACCUGGGAACAGCAGGUACAGGAGGAGCUGUGAGGAGGUGAAGGACUUGAUUUCUUACCCGCUGCUCCUCCAUAAGACCUCCUCUUCCUCCUGCUCCUCCGCCUCUUCAUCCUCCUCCUCCUUCCUGAGUCGCUCCGUCUCCAGCUCGGUCGCCAUGGUGAGCGGCCUCCAUCCCACCAAGAUGAACUGCAGUCGCAUAUUCAACCUCUUCUGUCUCUACGGCAACGUGGAGAAGGUGAAGUUCAUGAAGAGCGUUCCUGGGACGGCAUUGGUGGAGAUGGGGGAUGAAUAUGCUGUGGACCGAGCCGUGACUCACCUCAACAGCGUUAAGGUGUUCGGCAAGAAAGUCAACGUCUGUGUGUCCAAGCAGCAGGCGGUGAUUCCCAGCCAGAUGUUUGAGCUGGCCGACGGCAGCAGCAGCUACCAGGACUUCAGCCUGACCAGAAACAACCGCUUCAGCAGCGCCCAGAACAGCAGGAACAUCAUCCAGCCUCCUGCUGCCGUCCUGCACUUCUACAACGCCCCCCCCAGCCUCAGCCAGCAGCAGCUGCACACGCUCUGUACCGAGCACAACGUUCCCGUCUUCACCAAGUUCAAGGUUUUCGAUGCCAAACCCAACUCAAAGACUCUGUCUGGUCUGCUGGAGUUUGACAGUAAAACUGAAGCUAUAGAGGCUCUGACGGUCCUCAACCACCACCAGAUCAGGAUACCCAACAUCUCCAACCCCUUCACUCUGAAACUCUGCUUCUCCACCUCCUCCCAUCUGUGACACCAGCGGCUCCUCCAGGACAAGAGUUUGUUCAUGACGGAAAGAGGACUAGAUGCACAGAAGAUUUCCGUUUUUCCUAUGAGGAGAACGAAUCUGAACGGAUGAUUUGUACAUUCACACAAUGAGGCAGUUUGAAGAAGAACAGCACAAACUACUGACCCUACACUAGAUAAAAUACAAACUAAUCAGCCCUGGUGCUUCAAUGUGGAGAACAGGAAUAGUUACAUACAUGAAUAUUUAAAAAUACUGAAAAAAGAAGAUAACAACCAUGGUUUUAUUCUGUCAUUUAAGAGGAAAUGUGACAUAAUCUGUGGUCUUUGCCAUCGACUACUUAUGCUGAUAAGUUGAAAGUUUUUAGUAUGUUAGUUUUUUUUCUUCACAAACUCAGUGGACAGCAGUUCAUCCAUUCAUUCAUUCAUUCAUUCAUUCAUUCAUCCAUCCAUCCAUUCAUCAAUUAAUUAAUUAAUUAAUUAAUUCAUCCAUCCAUCCAUCCAUCCAUCCAUCCAUCCAUCCAUUCAUUCAUUCAUUCAUUCAUUCAUUCAUUCAUUCAUUCAUCCAUUCAUUCAUCCAUUCAUCCAUUCAUUCAUUCAAUCAUUCAUUCACUCCAGUAAAAUCCACUCAUGGCUGUAAGCUCUGAAGACGUCUGAAUGAAACACAUAUUUACAUUAGGAUAAUAGUCUGAAUCCACAAAUCAGCUGUGGGUUUGAAAUCUUUAAAAAAAAUCCCCAUUUAUCAGAGCAAUAAACUGCAAAACAGAACAAAUUCCUAGUUGUCAUUAAAUGAAUUAUGUAUUAUUUAACCCUCUUGUUGUCCUCAUUCACUGGAACCAAAAAAUAUUGUUUCCUUGUCUGAAAAAAAAUCCAAAAAUUCAGCAAACAUUUCCCCUUUUUUUGAAAAUUUGCAAAACCUUCAGGAAGAAAAUUUUUAAAAAUCCUUAAAAGUUUCCCUUGGAAGUUUUUUUUUUUUUAAAUCCCCCAAAUUUGGCAAGAAAAUUCUUGUAAAUGUUUUCAAUAAAAGGAAUAAAAAUCUUCCAAAAAAAUCUAAAAAUAUCUGGAGUGAUUACAUAAAUAUCAGUAAAACUUCUGAUAUUUUCUUUAGGAACAUUCUCAUAAAAAUCCGCCAAAAUCCAGUGAAUUUUGCUGGUUUUUGUGGAUUUUUUGUGAAUGUUCUUAAGAAAUAUUUUUUACGUUUCUUUUUUCCACCAAAAAAUGUUCAGAGAUCUUCAAACUUUAAAACGGGUCAGUUUUGACGUGCAGGACGACACGGGGGUUGAAGUUCACCCAGACACAGAGGGUUGACUAAGAGGCUGGUUUGUAACGUGGACUAGCAGUUCUACUAACUUCUUGUUUGAUGUUUCACAGUGGACUGAUGGCUUCUAGUGCCUGACAAACAUGACUGGAACAAAUGUACAUAAAUGUAGACCCAUUUAUUGCAUUUUCCUCAUUUCAAGUGAUGACGUGAAGCCGGACGCCUCGUAUUAAAUCUCUGUGGUUUGGAUGGAUCUUUCUGCCAUAUUAGAUUUUCUCCUUAGUGUUUGCUAAUAGCUGAAUAUUCACCAUGAAAUUCUGAGGCUGUGUGUCUACUAGGUGUGUUUUUACCGCAUGUAAACACGUCACGUCUGAAAAUCGUCCGUAUUGUGGUCGGUCGCUAACGGACCACUAGAGGUCACAUGACCGCGCGUUCAGCUCCAGUCUGGCGGCAAACUUUCGCUUUUAUUUCGAAAAUAGUUCAGCGAAGUUUUUUUCUGAAAGCAUCUGAGGUGAGAAAUAAUCAGCUGAAUCUGUCCUGGUUUUAGUUCACCAACGGCUUGUUUACACAAAGGUUUCGCGAUGCGUGGGAUCUCAGCCAUCGCAUCGGAUUAGCGUAAAGUAGAAGUCCAGUCUACUUUAUGGCUGGGUCCAGUGGACAUGUGCUUGUUUUCCUCUUUUGACCCUUUAAUUACACAAUAUGAGCUCGGCUGUUAACACCAUUUGUUUUCCUAUAAUUUCCUGUAAAAUGUAGUCGUUACUCCUCUGUUUCCUGUUGGUCUUCUUCAUGGAAGUAACCUUACAGUUAGCCUCUGUCUUCUCUACGCUGUCGACUAGUUUUAUUCCAAAGAAACAGCUUCAUUAAAUCAAAUAAAUGGAGUAGCUCUGUCCUCCAUCUUUCACAGCUGAAGAUAAACAACAAUAAGUCAACUGUGACUACAGAAAUAGCCAGAAUGAAACAGAGACUGAGGUGUAUUUGCUGUAGAACAAAACUCAGGGAGGGAGAAUUACAAACUAAAAGACAGGAAGAAACAUUUCUAUAAUGCUUUAAUCGAUUUUUUAGUGUUUUAUUUGUUUAGGUUCUUUUGGUUUUAUUUAAUGUAUUUUUUUAAAUGUACUACCCUGGAUUCCUGUGAUUUAUUGAUUUUAACUUCAUUUUUUAAUAUUUUAAAGUCAUUAUUAAAAGACAAAGGGAAAGAAAAAGAAAAGAGACAAAAAACACGUUUAUUCAGGUCAGUGUUUGUUGCUUGAAACUUCAUUUUGGUGUCUUUUUUCUGAGUGUCUUUUAAAGAAAAUGGGGUUAAAUGCUGGAUAAUUGAGAAAACAUCAUUAAAGUUUCUAUGGACAUAAAGCACAGAAUUAUUAAAAGCCAUAUUUGCAUUUUGAGGAUAAAUGUUUUUUCAUCAGUGGUUGUUUGAGCUGUGACUUAUUCAAACUACUGAUAUUUAUUUGGUAUUAGGAAUGAUUGUUUUGUACAGAAAUGUUAGAUUAUUGAUCAUCAUAAAGUUCUGCUGUAUUACCGUCA